CAGGUGGCGCACUCGUCUCCUUUUCUGGUAUUUUCUCCACUCUCCUUCACAGUGCCGGUUCUGUCUGGGCUGCUCCAUCCGGAGUGUCAAUCAGACGUUUUCCAGCAUUAUGUCCGCAGUCUCUGGUCAUCCCCUGUACUGUGUCCGCAGUCUCCGGUCAUCUCCUGUACCGUGUCCGCAGUCUCCGGUCAUCUCCUGUACCGUGUCCGCAGUCUCCGGUCAUCUCCUGUACCGUGUCCGCAGUCUCCGGUCAUCUCCUGUACCGUGUCCGCAGUCUCCGGUCAUCUCCUGUACCGUGUCCGCAGUCUCCGGUCAUCUCCUGUACCGUGUCCGCAGUCUCCGGUCAUCUCCUGUACCGUGUCCGCAGUCUCCGGUCAUCUCCUGUACCGUGUCCGCAGUCUCAUCUCCGGUCAUCUCCUGUACCGUGUCCGCAGUCUCCGGUCAUCUCCUGUACCGUGUCCGCAGUCUCCGGUCAUCUCCUGUACCGUGUGUCCGCAGUCUCCUGGU